AUGAUGCAGUGUCCGUCAGAUGUGCUCACUCUCUCCAUUCCUUUAAUAAGACGAACGCUGGAAGGUCUUCGAAUAGCCUGUGAUGAAAACCUUGUCGAUCUGGAUUAUGCAGACGACAUCAUUCUCGUCUCCGCAAAGGAGAGAAAGACGCAGGUGUUUUUGGAUGAACUGACCAAAUUCAUCCCGUCCUUCGGUGUGCACCUUGCACCCACAAAGUGUAAGGUCAUGCUCGUGGACAUACAAUCACUGAACGCGCUAUUUACAAUCCAGGGAGAGGCACUGGAAGUUGUGGAGCGUUUUGCGUAUCUUGGACGUUGUAUUGGUCCUGAUUGUAGUACGACAAAUGAUGCCAACACACGAAACUGCAAGGCUCGGGUCGCGUUUUCUAAUUUUAAACACCUAUGGCGUCAAGACGAUGGUCACCAGGCUGAACAGGAACUGGCCACUAGGACGCUCCGGAUUCAAAACAAGCGGUUUUAUCUAGAUGUGAAGCAAAACCGGAGAGGACGUUUUGUGAAAAUCACAGAGGCAGGCAGUGGAGGGCAGAAGUCCCGCAUUUUGAUGUCCAUCGCUGUAGCUUUGGAAAUGCAAGAGAAAGUCAGCAAACUAAGUGACAUUUACAGUCAGCUUCCAUCCCACAAUCCUCAGUGUCUUGCCCAGGACGGUCGACUGGCUUCUGAUACAAUUGUGCGUGAUAGUCGAAGAUACUACCUAGAUCUUAAAGAAAACGAGCGUGGUCGUUUCCUUCGGCUUGCUAUGCUUACCAUGGGUGUGCGCGAUCAAAUUGCCAUCCCUGCACAGGGCAUGAUUGAGCUGCGCAACGCACUUGCAGAUUUAACUCACGAGUACGCCGGCGACGUGGAAAACGAUGCGUUUUCGGAUCUGCCGGAGUCUAAAGUAUUGUUCGUUGGCAACAAAACAUUCUACUUCGACGUUGGUUCGAAUCGUUAUGGCGUGUACUUACGUAUCUCUGAGGUCAGAGCCAAUGUUCGGUCCUCUGUGACCAUCCCGGAGCAACAUUGUGGUCGCUUCCGUGAUAUAAUCUCUGAGUUGUCGGCUAAAAUGUCGGAACAGAAAGUGUCGAACGGCUGUCCACCAAUGAACGGAGACAAUGAGGAAAAAGUUCCAGCUGCGAAACUGGCUGAAAAGCCGAAAGCUGUGGCCGAUGCGCCGACUGCUAAUGAACCGAUUGCUGUGGCAUAAUCGGCGUCUCUCGAUCUCCAAACACGUAGCUUUCGUAGACUCAUUAAUAUGAAUAAUCCUUGUUUCCUAGUUCAUUUACUCACAAAAGCAUGCUUUCUGGCACAGCUGUUCGUCCCGGACCCCAGUUGUUUCGAAAUUUCGUGCUGCGAAUGUUUUGUAUACCGUCUCAUUGUGUGACUUUUAUAUGCACAUGUAGUCUAAUGUUACCAGCUAUUAUCAUCACUCUAUUGCUCAUUAUUCUGUGGAUGCGAAAAUGUUAUUUUGUUUUCUUGUUCCAUUAUCUGCUAAUCAAUAGCGCUUAUUCUACGAUUUUUCUACCUACCAUUGUUUAUGGAAGGUGCAUUUGUUUCUCUUUGUAUUUUGCAUUUUGAAUGAUUAAUUAUGUAUACCUGUUG